AUGGGUACGGAAACGAUUCUACAGAGUGGUGGCGGGAUCGGUGUCCAUCAACAACAACAACAACGACAACCACACGGUGCAACAUCCACCAACACUCACCAACGAUCAUCGUGCCUGAUCGAUGAGGAUGCUGCGUAUGGCGAUGCGAUGAAAGGCUCAUCGCUCCACACGGACAGCGUCGGACACGGUCACCACCAGCAGGAACAGCCACCUUUCGUCAACGGUGUGAAGUUCCCGCCCGUGGUUGGAAUUUAUCGUCCACCGGCGGCAAGGCGUGCUCUGAAUCUAGCGGAAAACGUUGUGCAUCAGCUUGCGCCACCGGCAGCCUGUGAGCAUCCGAACGAUUAUGGUCAUUUAACGCCGUCCACUCAACAUUCACCGGCAACUGGUCACCAGCAAGUGCAUCUGCUGCUACAUACAGCUGCAGGUGACGGUACUGAACCGGAUAAGAUAAUAAUCGCACCAGAUUCCAGAGAAGGCCAUCCACUCGGAAAGGACAAGCCGGGGAAGUGCGAAAAAACUAGUCACGCCGGACAGGAAACACUGCAAUCGUCAUUUCAGGCGAGUGUUCCGGAAUGUGCUGGACAGAUAGGAAGUAACGACAGUACCGGAAAUAGUGACAGUAGGAACAGUAUCGGAGUUACAUCUCCAAGUGCAAGGAUCAACCGUCCUCCUCGAGAAAGACGUCCAGAUCGUGCUGUUUACGUUCCGCGUGCACGUCGUAGCUUAACUACGCCUCCGGUCGCAACCGCUCAGUCACAAUCUUUACCACCAGAAACUACCGAAGUGAAUGUCGCGAAAGUGAGCACAUCUUCAACGAAGGGUUUAUCGCGCACAGCAUCUAACCGUGUUCAGCUUUCCGAGCCGGCGACAGCUGCAAUAUCGCUAACCUCAUCAGUGUCUUCCAAAGAAGUCGUUAAACUAAAAGACGGCAAACGUAAGCUGUUGGAAUUUACAUCAGCUGGACAACUGCAAAGUGGCAAUACUGACACACUAGCCUGUGAUACUGUGAUAGAAGCUCCGUUACGUACUCAUGCUACCGACGUUGGCGGCGGUGAGGUUUCACUAGAAUCGUUGAAGAAACGGGGCCAUAGUUUAGAGGAACAGCAAGAACUUCAGCGAUUUACUGUAGCAUUGGUUGGGGUGAAGGCAGCGGAAGAAGAAGCUUCUAAGGAGAAUUCUGACUGCAACCCUGAAACGGUUGUCACGAUGCAUCGCAACAAUCAGCGUAAUCGUAAUGUGCGCAAUACAACUUGCAGCACCACAGCAGCACCACUUGCCACCGGUAUGCUCAUCACCGAUGCCAACGAGGCAGAAAAGAUCGAUCGCGAUGAGACGGAAUUGCGGCGUGCCUCGCAGGAGAUCAAUCGCAGCAAUCGGCGUAUUAUGAAGCAGACGUUCAACUCGGAUGUACUGGAAAUUGGUGAUCCUGCACCUGCACCACAGAAACCGGUAAAGGUUAAGCGUACACCUGCAGCUGUUGUGACUGAGAGUGUUGAAGGACAGAGAAAAACGCUUGCCUCAGCAACGGACGCAGUUUCCAACGGUAAAACGGUAAAGAGUGAAGCGGCGACGACUGCUGAAAAUGGCGAGGAGGAUGCGGACGAUUGGGAAUCAAUGUACGAUGAUAAUGGUGAUUGUUUAAAUCCAAAAAUGCUCGAAGAACUAACGACGGCUGUCGGGAAAGUGUCGAUUGAAACGCCCCAAUCGGAUUAUAAGUUGUUUGAAACGAAGCAGGCUGUGCUAAAUGAAGAGGAGUUUCCACACGUGCUGGAAGUGUCAAACUUUCCGGCCGAAUUCAAGACGCAGGAUUUGAUGAUGUUGUUCUCCCAGUACAAGGAAACCGGAUUCGACAUCAAGUGGGUCGACGAUACUCACGCGCUGGCUGUGUUUAGUAGCUCCAAGAUUGCUGCCGAAGUACUCACUGCAGGCCUUUCGUUUGCACGUGUGAAACCACUUGGCGAAGCUACGGCAGAAUCGCGAUCGAAGGCUCGCAAGUGUUCCAGCUCAUUGCAGCCGUACCGUGCCCGCCCGGAAACGUGUGCCGCAAUGGCACGAAGGAUGGUGACGUCGGCGCUCGGUGUAAAGCUAAAAACGGCACCAGAAGAACGCGAAAACGAACGUCGUCUCCUGCGUGAAGCCAAAGAACGAAAAAGACUCGCUGCCAAGCAACGUGAUGAGGUAUGGGACAGCUAG